AUGAAUACUAAAAAAUUGCAAAAAGUUUAUAGAAAUGACUUAGAAAGCAGUUUUAUUCGAAAAUUUGAAAGAUCUUUUUUAAGUUAAAGCAUGAAAUCAAGUCAAACUACAAGAGUUCGAUUAUAUUAAUAAAAGUAACCAAGAUAUCAAAUAAAUGAGAAUUUGAAACAAUUAGCUGAGUGGAAUGAAUAAAAAUAAUAUCAUAAAAAGUAAUUACUUUUAUAAUAAUAAAUAGGCUAAAAUAUUAUCCUAGAGGUAAAAGUUCAGAAAGUUAAAUAGAAGGAUAUAAUGGCAAAAAAGUCUCUUAAUUUUUAUUAUUACUGCCAUAUCAUUUACCUGCUUAACAUAGAUUUAAGUAAUGUAGAAUGAUGUGGAAACGAUUGAUUUUAGGGGUGGAGAUUAUACUAUUUUAUAGUAAACUUUAUAAAGAAUAAUUAAUAUCUAAAACAGCAUCAUGUCCUCAUAUUCCUCAUAGAAGAAGCAGUCUUAAAAGUCUUAACUAUCCUACAAGUCCACCAAAAAGGAAAUUUAGAAGUAGAACUUAAGGAGAUGGAAAGAAUUAACCAAAUGGUUUUGGAGAUUAUGUUAAAGCUAUAUAUGACAGUGAAAAAUAAAAAAAAGAGUUAUGUUCAAAAUCAGUAAUCACGAAAGAAUUUCGUUUUAACGAUUCUAGAAUAAAGAGAUUAGUAACAUCGAAGAUUUGUGAUCAAACUCUUGAUCUCUCUAGAAAUAGAUGUGGUAGCAUUAAAGAUCCUAAUUAACUUCCUCCUCUGAUUUCAAUUGCUCCUUACAAAGAUGAAAACAUAAGAAUAAAGAGGGUUUCUUCUACUAUGAUAAGAAGAAUAAGAACCCUCAGAUUAUAUUGA